UCCUAAUACCAGAAGCUUCUGAGUUCUUGUUACUGGUGUAAAGUAACACACAACGCAAACUGAAAACGAUGAUCAACUGUGGAUCAAUCUUUGUACGUGUAACAGGAGUGUGAAUAUGGAGUACUUGGGAGCUCACCUUGCCUUCAAAUCUCGUUGGCAUAAAACAGAUGAAGAAUUAUGCAGACAUAGUAUGUCUUUUGUUCUUCACAAGGCCAUACGCACAGAUUUCUUUGAGAGCUACCUCUAUCUUCUUGAAAGAUAUCCUCUUGUGAAACUUUAUGCUCUGACAAGUGAAGUAAUAGAUGGCGAGAUGCAGUUUUAUGCUAGAGCAAGAAAUUUCUACAGAGAUGUGUCUGCAACUGAAGAAGGCAUGAUGGGGGAUUUCUCUGACCUUUCCAAUACAGAUAUAGAGUUCUCUAGUGAGUUCCUGAGAAAGUUCAUAGGGGGUCCCGGAAAAGCAGGUACUUAUUUUGCUCUGGAUUGUGGUGCUGGUAUUGGAAGAGUGAGCAAACAUGUCCUCCUGCCAGUUUUUAGCAAUAUUGAACUUGUGGACAUGAUGGAGCCUUUCUUAGAAGAAGCCCAGAACUAUCUGGAAGAAGAAAGUGACAGGGUGGAAACCCUUUACUGCUACUGCCUGCAAGACUUCACUCCUGCCAUCAGAAAAUAUGAUGUGAUCUGGAUGCAGUGGGUGUCAGGUUAUUUGACUGACAAAGAUCUUCUGGAGUUUCUUCUCAGAUGCAAGAAUGGCUUGAAAGCAAAUGGUGUUAUUAUUUUGAAAGAUAAUGUUGCAAGACAAGGCUGUAUUUUAGACCCCACUGACAGUAGUGUGAUUAGAGAUAUACAUAUCUUAAGGAACAUCAUUGAAAAAAGUGGAAUGAAUAUUCUUGCUGAAGAAAGACAACCAGGAUUUCCAGAGCUUUGUGUCCCCAUUUGGAUGAUUGCAAUGCAGUAGGGUGACUAAAGAUCUCAUUUGUAUCCCACAACUCGAUUAACUAAAGAGGGGUUUGAGUUGGCUGUCAAAUGUUGAUUAACUCCUUCAAUCAUUUUUUUUAAAACAAUGUUAUAUGGUACUCGUAUCCAUAAAAUCAAAAAAGGCACAUUUGGUAAGGAGGAAAACCUAAUGUCAUAGUUUUUCUUUUCAGCUACAAACCAGGUCUAAGUUUAAAGUAUCAAGUCAGUAAACAUGGCAGCACAAAAUAAAAAGUAAACAAAAGUUUUUUUUAAAUUCUUUACUCAGCUGAACCAAAAAAACAUGUCAUUCAGUUCCUUAUUUUUUGAGAGUUGAAAUUAACUGAUAUAGAUAAAUUUACUAUUUUUUCCUUUGUGAUC